AUGAAUGUCGUGUGGCUUGGAGCCAUAGACUGCCGAGUUUCAACGGAUGCCAUUGCGUGUGUCGAUGUCAUGAUAUCCAGUUUGACGAAAACAUUCAGUGGCUCAUCUAAUGUUACUGGAGGAAGCCUCGUAAUAAACCCCGGCUCUCGGCAUCAUGAUACCAUCAAAGCAGCUUUAUUCGCAAACUACGAGGAGACAUACUUUCCCCUAGAUAACCUUACUCGCAUAGAAAACUGCAAGGAUAUGCCCUGGCGAGUGAAGCGAUGUAAUGAGAGUACCAUUCCGCUAGUCAAUUUGCUCAGUUCUCAUCCGUCAAUCGCUACAGUUCAUCAUCCAUCCACUGCACCAAGUUCAUCUCUAUAUCAAAGUGUGAUGCGCAAAGGUGGAGGCUAUGGUAAUGUGCUGAGUAUCAUUUUCCAUCGUCCAGACAGCGCUGAAUAUUUCUACAAUAUCAUUGAUGUUUGCAAAGGUUCCAGUUUUGGAACCAAUUUCACUCUGGUGAUUCCAUAUGUUCAGUUAGCAAAUUACUGGAACAGAGACAAGGUCCCAAAGUACGGAGUGCCGCAGCAUAUACUUCGCAUCAGCGUUGGGCUCGAGGACAGCGACCGAUUAGUAGCAACUGUUGUCAAGGCACUUAAGGGAGUGGAGGUGUUUGAGUCUCACAACAUUGCCUAG